UUGGUUAGGGGGGAAGAAGGCAGCUCACCACAGCCCGCCAUACCGUUCCACAAGUCCCGAGUUCCGGCUAACACUUUUUUAAUUCCCCUUCCCCUCCCCUUCGAGAUCCUCUUGACCAUCUUUAUUAUCGGUGCUUUCUUCAGGCCGAGUGAUCAUUAUUGAAGGUGCCGCUUGUUAUCUUUUUUUUUGCUCUUUGCUUUAAAACCCAACAAGAAAAAACAAAACAAGCCAGAAUGAAUAAGCUAUACAUCGGGAAUUUGAGUGAAAGUGUGACCGUGCCAGAGUUAGAGAGUGUCUUCAAGGACUGGAAGAUUCCGUAUACUGGACAAUUCCUGCUAAAAACGGGCUAUGCAUUUGUAGACUGCCCGGACGAGAACUGGGCAAUUAAAGCCAUCGACACCUUAUCCGGUAAAGUAGAACUUCAUGGAAAACACAUUGAAGUGGAACAUUCUGUGCCCAAAAGACAAAGAAGUCGUAAGAUCCAGAUCCGGAAUAUUCCGCCACAUUUGCAAUGGGAGGUGUUGGACGGGUUGUUAGCUCAGCAUGGAGCCGUGGAAAACUGUCAGCAAGUGAACACGGAAACGGAAUCGGCAGUCGUGAAUGUUACGUACGGGACCAAGGACCAAGCCAGGCAAGCCAUAUCCAAACUGAACGGCCACCAAUUGGAUUCCUACAGCCUGACCGUCACCUACAUCCCAGACGAGCAGGUCGGACAGCAGGGCCAGGAAGUGGGCCGCAGAGGCUUCAGCGGCAGGGGGCAUCCUCAACAAGGCUCAGCCAGCACCAUGAAGCAGCAGUUCGACAUUCCCCUGCGGAUCCUUGUCCCCACCCAGUUUGUGGGAGCCAUCAUUGGGAAGGAAGGAGCCACCAUUCGAAACAUCACGAAACAGACACAGUCCAAGAUCGAUGUUCAUCGAAAGGAGAACGCGGGCGCGGCAGAGAAACCGAUCAGCAUCCACUCAACGGCAGAGGGCUGCUCAGCGGCCUGCAGGAUGAUCCUGGACAUCAUGCACCAGGAGGCACAGGCCAUCAAAAUGUAG